AUGCUUUUUCUUAUUCCCAGUCUCUUUGGCAGCUACGCUCAUGCGCUUACCAAGUUCGAUACAAACUGCACCCUUCCCGCGGAGACAGUGAAUUAUGUUUUCGCCCCGAAUACGCGCGGUACCCUCACUAUCCUCUGCACCUGGACGGUUCAGCACCCGGACAUUCCCAGGCCGCGAGAGAAUUUCAAGCCCGGCUUCAAUGGCAAGAUCCAGUACUGGAUCACCACGCCCGAGGUGCUCCUCGCAAAAUAUGGGUAUGAUCUUUGGGAAGCAAAGCGUAACCUCCACAGGUUGCAAGCACGCGCGCAGCAGGAUGGGGUAGAGUGGACGAUCGCUCAUUCCUUGUUUGCUAAUAUGGGAGGCUUUGUGAUGAGGGUGAACUCAGUAUCAACUGGACGAAGACCACUAGGGAUGCGUCUCACACGUCCAAGUGAGCCUGCGCCGAGACUCCACGAAUUAAGCACUCUUCCCACGACGAGCGAUCAUGCGGGCCUCAAGAUUAUCAUUGGACACAGUGACAUCUUGCAGCUUUGUCGAGAGAACGUCCUCUUUCAGUUGCCCGAUAUCACCGAAAAGGAGCUACAGGACCGGUCGAAAGCCGACUGGCUGUUACGAUUGAUCACGGUUUGGCAGAUCCUUUGGAUGGUUAUCCAGACCGCUUUGCGGGGUGCAACGCGUCUGGCAGUGACCCCUUUGGAAAUCGGUGUGGUUGCUUUUGCCUGUUGUGCCGUGGUGACAUACGCGCUCAGCUGGAACAAACCCAAAGGGGUCCAGGUUCCUAUCACGAUUCUCGAGGUUCGAGGCGCAGGCGAGCAAGUUUUCGAGGCUCUUAGUUACGGAGAGUUAGCGCCAAUGACGGAUCUGAGCCAGUAG